UAAUUGUUUACGAUGAGUAUAUAGAGUUUAGGUCAGUUAUUAAUAUUCACUGAAAAUGUCUUCGGAAAGGGUGGAAUGGGUAGAAAUUAUAGAGCCCAAAACAAAGGAGCAUAUGUAUGCUAACCUAACAACAGGAGAAUGCGUUUGGGAUCCACCGGAGGGAGUUAAAGUCAAACGGACAGAUUCAUCACAAUGGUGGGAACUUUUUGAUAUUAACACACAUAGAUUUUAUUAUUACAAUGCUUCUACCCAGACAACUGUCUGGCAUAGACCCACAGACUGUGACAUAAUACCCUUAGCAAAAUUACAAACUUUGAAACAAAACACUGACCCUCAAAAAAGAAGAGAAAGCUCUACCCAGACUAAUCUUGCUGCUCCUCAGGUGCCAUCUGUAAUUGAUCCCAUCAGUAGUAAUGGAAACAGUACUGUUGCUAGCGCCAGCAAGCUGUCACCAAGUAAUGCUAAAAAUGUCACCAUUACGCAGACAAGUCCUGUACGCACCCGGAGGUCACAUUAUCAUCAUCGGAACAGCGGGGAGAGUCGACGUGGCAGGCUGAGCGAAGACGGCACUACUGCGUUGUGUCGGCAUACAGAUUCUGGACGAUCAUCAGACAGUAGCCUUAGUAGUGCCCAACAGAGAAGGAAACAGGAGCUGUCGGCUGCUGUGGCCUGUACGCCGCAGUUGCGCAAACGAACCGCAGCGCCAGCGCACUCGUCCUUGCACGAACCCGACAAAUGGUCCCCCCAUGGAGGUUUAAAUAGGAGUGGCAGCUUUAUAUCACCCCGUAAGGAUGCAUCCGACGAUUCCAUGCAUGAGAAAUAUUUCAAAUCCGUUGAAAGUACACCUUUAACUAGGCGCAAGUUAAAACAACAGUCUGGUGGAGGCUCUUCGUGUGACUCUGCAUCACCUCAGAGUCCAAGUAGUCCAUUGCAGAAACCACAACCUACUCCAUUCUUACAGACCAUGUCGGCACGGCCGUCGCUGGUGUCGUCGAUAUCUUUGGCGACGGAGGCUGCGGGCGGCGGCUCGCGCGUACUACACAGCCUCGAGCGGCCGCAUCAGCUCUCCAGGCAUGCGCGCGAGAGGUACUCCGACAGGCACUUAGACAAGGAUCGUUUAGCUGAGCUGGAGCGGAUGGAUCGGUAUCCGGAGAAGCAGGCGGUGUACAGCGUAGACAAACCCUUCCGGCAGACUAGUCUUGACCUUCGUCAGAACACUGCCAACUGGCAUCCCGCAAGAGAGUUCACAAGGCGCCAACAAGCGGAGCCUGAGAGGUAUUCUUCAAGUAAGGCAUCAGUGACGUCAUCAUCGGGCAGCAGCAAGCAGCGGCCACACGAGCCACAUCACAACUUCAUGCGACUUUCGUCUGCGAAUGAACAGGACAAUAUUGCCGCGGUGAAUUAUAAAAUGAAAUGCGUCAAUUUAGAGCCUCCGCUAACUGAGCCAAAUGUACAGAAACACAAUCAGCGCCUUGAAAGAAAUCCUGCACCUCGUGAUCGCACCAAAUCUCGACGGCACAAAAAACCUGUGGAAGUGGAGGAAGUACCCAUGGAUGGCGAGGAGGAAGAGGAAGACGGGGGAGGUUCCCCGCUGUACUGUAACUGGGAUCUGCGCGGCAUGCAGCACCUGCUGCCACUUCAGGACUACAUCAUACAGCAGGCCAAAUUAUCUAGUCGUGGUCGAUACGGCGGAUCCGGGUCGGAUGGGGAGUCCGGUUCGUCUCGGUCUCGCUCGCGCUCCGGUUCCGAGUCCCGUUCUCUGUCCGGCCACGAACCGGACAACGAGUCGUCGGACGGCGGCGCUCGGACGCCGGACGAUGACGACGGUUCUGGAGUGUACUUACCGCACUCGUACGCGCAUCGUCCGUCUGACGUCGAAUAUAUGAACCAUGGAGUUUCUUAUUAUAAUACAUUUGUUGGUUUCGAUCGAGAUCGACAGCCUUCACCGGGGAUUCAUAGAACGUCGUCGCUGGGUGGCGGUGGCGCGAGUGCCACGAGCGGAGCGGGCGUGGGUGGGGCCACAGUGGCGGCGGGCGCGGGCGCGGAGGCGGGCGCGGGCGGCGCGCUGUACAGCCCGGUGCGGGCGCACGCGCACUUCACGCGCCCGCCGCCGCCCGAGCAGGACAUCGAGAUAUUCGCCAAGGAUAAUCUCAACUUCAACAAGGGCAUCUUUAGGAGAAAAGCGUCAGUCCGGGACAUGCUGUCGUGGACGUCAUCAUCAAUCAGCGCUCCCAUGGUGGGCGCAGAAUGGGACAAGGCGCAUAAAAAAGCGGCCAUCGACCUUUUCCGAUUGGUUCAAAUCUACAUGGGCGACCGAAAAGCACGGCCUGGGAUGACGCUUAAUUCCGUUGCACAGGACAUACUGCAUGCCACGUUUACUAACGAAAAGCUGCGCGACGAGCUGUUCGUGCAGCUGUGCCGGCAGACGACGGAGAACCCGCUGCGAGACUCGCUGCUGCGCGGGUGGGAGCUGCUGGCGGUGUGCCUGGCCUUCGUGCCGCCGUCGCCCGCCUUCCAGCCCGCGCUCACCAACUACGUCAACCGGCACCGCGACCCCGCCUUCGCUGACGCCUUCCCAGAGGUUGGUAAAUGGCCAAUCCACGUUCAAGUAUCACACUAUGCUGGGGUUGCAUGCAAGAGAUUAGAGAGAAUCGGUUUUGGCGGAAAGAGGCAACCACGUAAACCUUCCACUGAAGACAUAGACCAGGCCAGGAUCCAAAUCUUCCGUCAGUCAAUGUUCGGGAACACGCUAUCCGAGGUGAUGGCGCUGCAGAAGGAGCGGUUCCCGCACCGGCAGCUGCCGUGGGUGCAGGUGGCGCUGUCGCAGCAGGUGCUGGCGCUCAGCGGACGCGACACCGAGGGUAUCUUCAGGGUCUCUGCUGACGUCGACGAGGUCAACGCGCUCAAAGCCAAGAUCGACAACUGGGAGCUACCGGAUGCUUCCACACUCACUGAUGCCCACGCGCCGGCGAGUCUAUUGAAGCUGUGGUACCGCGAGCUGUACGAGCCUUUGAUCCCGGACGCGCUGUACGGGCCGUGCGUGGCGGCCGGCACGGACUUCGCCGCCGCUACUCGUGUGCUGCAGCGCUUGCCACCUCUCAAUCGACUCGUACUCACGUACUUGAUCAGUUUCCUUCAGCAGUUCACCGCACCAGAAGUAGUAAGUCAAACCAAAAUGGACUCUGCUAACUUGGCAAUGGUGUUCGCACCAAACUGUCUCCGUUGCACGUCGCAGGAUCCAAGGGUCAUACUAGAAAACGCGCGUAAAGAGAUGACAUUCCUCAAAACUCUCAUAACCAAUUUGGAUACGUCCCACGUCCAAGAUCUUCUGUGACCGAUGAAUCUCAGUUAUUGCAAUAACAACGUGGUCUCCGAAGUGACAUACUGACUACAGCUGGCGAUGGUAUGCUAAAUAUUGUAAUAGAAACGAAAU